CCAUGCAGUGGCCGAGGGCAGUGCCAUGUGGUGGCGCCCGGUGGCGCGCCCCGCGUCCUCCCUGCACACCGUGCUGCUGGUCGCCCUGCUGGGCGGGCACGCGCCGGGCAGCGCCCACGCCGCCGCUACCGCCACCGCCACCUGGGGCUUCACCGCGGCCUCGGCGAGGUUCGAGAAUGUGUCGAGGCUUUCUAAAGGGACCGUGUGGACCAGGGCACCACCCGCCACGACUAGCCCAACCACGCUUUCCGCGCCGCAGACGUCUCGAACCAGCGCUGUGCUGCCCAGCAAAUCCGCGUGGCUUGGUUCGCCAGUGACACAAUCGGGUGCAGCGCUGCCCGCAAAAUCGACACCGUUCAGUUUUCCGCCACCUCAGGCCGGCGCGACGUCGGCCAGCAAAGUCACCGUGUCGGUUCCAAAGGCGGGCGCGACCGGCUCCGGCACGCCCCCGCCGGUGGCGACGCAGGCAGGCGUCGUCCCUUCGGUCAGAUCCACUUUGCCGAAUCAGCAAGUGACUCAAGCGGGUGCGGCACUGCAGAGCAAAUCAACACAAACACCUCAAGCAAUCGCGGCCAUGGCUGGUAAAUCAACUCCGGGUUUGCAAGGGACGACUCAAGCAGCAGGUGCAGCCAAAUCGACGCCGACGAGCGUGGAAGCGACUCUGGCAGGUGCAGGUGCACCCUUACCAACCAAAUCCCCCUCGGGUAGUCCGGAAGCAGCUUCAGCAGGUGCAGUCGUGUCAGCCAAAUCCACGUCACUCGGCGUCGAGACGACUCAAGCCGGCGCAGGCGCACCAGCCAAACCGACUUCAGUCAGCGGCGAAACGACUCAAGCAGGUUCGGCACUAGUAAGCAGAUCGUCUACAUCCAGCGAGUCAAUCUAUGAAACGAGUCCAGCCACCCCCAGCACGCCUCCUUCGCCCAGCACUUCGGAACAGGGCACAUCCACCCCGCCCAGCCCUGCACAGGUCAACCAGGCAGCUGCAACGAUCGCGACAGCUGCAGAACCGCUGGCCAAAUCCACAACGUCUCCCUUGGAUUCGACAGAUGCAAUUGCGGCCGAAGAAGGCGGCGCACUCGCUACGGCGAGCCCUAUGAUGGCUAAUGCGUCUGCGGGUGCACCUCUGGGGAUGCUGCCCUCUGCACCGAUCCGCGGCAGGCUGCUUGGCGACCCAGAUGACGCUGGGGGGAGGACAGCCGCCGAGGAGCCCGCCGUCGGCGCGGCGGCCACUGCGCCCAAGAUCGCCUCCAGAGCCAUGAUCUCAGAGUGGGAGGAGUUCAAGAGAAAAAACAACAAGACGUACCAUUCGCGCGACGAGCUCAGGCGGAUGGCGCGGAUGUACCGCGGGCACAACAUGACGCUAGACAUGCACUCGGAGGAGGAUCGGAUGAGCAUGUUCAUGGCAAGGAAGGCGGCCAUCGACGACUUCAACAGGAACACGAGGGUCACGUUCCGGCGCGCCAUCAACCAGUUUGCGGACCUGGUACGCGUAGGGCGGUGUACUACAGUGGUGUUUACGGGGUACAGUUACCUCACUCGCUCUCUCACUGCCGGCCGCGCGGGGCGUGCUCUGCUUGCAGGCGUGUACUCGGACCCGGAGUGCACCAACGCGGAGGACGACCUCCGCCACGCCGUGGUGCUGGUGGGCUACGGCGAGGACCCGCAGGGCGGGCCGUACUGGACGGUGCGCAACUCGUGGGGCCGCGACUGGGGCGAGGGCGGCUACGUGCGCAUCAGCCGCGCCAACAACCUGUGCGGCGUCAUGACGUACGCCGUGUUCCCCAGCCUCGAGUGACGGCAGAGGCGAAGAUCGAGGAAGAGCGGCGUCCCGUCGUGGAUGGUCGCUUCUGUCCCCUGACUGUGUCUCGGCCGACUGGCCUGGCCCUCGGGGCGGGCCGCGAGCAUCAGCCCCACUCCCAGUUCACACGCAUCAUGCAGACCGCGCGGUGUUUUCAAGGGUAGCAUCGGGAGCACCAAACGCGUGGCGCCCGUCGGCCGCCGCCGGGCCGCGGCUCGGCUGGCAGCGCCGUGGCGGCGCCCCCUCCCCCUCCCUUCCGAAUGUGCUAAAUACAAACGCUAACGAGACGGGUCUCGGCCACGCCA